AUGAGCAACCUGGAGCCACCCACCAAGAUGCCUGGGGCCCACACCCCCGCCUGUUCAGCACAGCACACGUACAGCAACCUUGGUGAGGUCCGCACCCACCUGCUGCCCUCCAAGGCCUGCCGCCCACGGACAUCUGAGCCCCCCGUGACUGACCCGCAGCCCCUGCCCCCACCCCUGCCCAAGAAGACCCUCACCAGGACCCAGUCGCUGCCUACCCACAAAGCCUCCAGCCCCAGCCUCACUCGAGCAGGGCCGCCUCGGAAGCCCCUUGUGGGGUCCCGCAGUGUGGAUGAGAGCCAGGCAGACGACGACAGGACGGGGCCAGCCCAGCCGCCUGCAGAGCCGCCCUUCAGCUGGCUGGACGCCGAACUGGGCCUCUCCCUCCACGACCUGAACCACCCGGAGGCCGUGCACGCCGCGCUGGAGGCCCGGCAGCUGGAGGGUCUCCGCGUCGUGCACGCCCGGCUGCACACCCGCCUCCUGGGGGGGCGCCCAGGCCCCUGCCGGCCAGAGCACGGCUUCCGACUCCUGGACAGCUCGCCCUGUGUAGAGAGCGGGGACGCGCUCUACUACCGCUUGGUACGCGUGCAUGAGGAGGCGUGGCAUCUCCUGGCUGCCAAGGUGCCCAAGCCAGGAGCUGAGGAGCCCCACCCCUGGGGCCUGGAGCUACAGGUCUCUCUGCGCCCGCAUUUCAACCUCCAGGGGCUGUGUGGCCUGUUGCCCGAGGGUGCACUGCCUGAGGCACCCUGGAGCGGCAGUGUGGCCCUGGUGGCCGAGGUGCCAGAGCUCACUGUGGCCCAGUGGCUUGUGGAGGCAGGCACUCGGCCGCCCGAGGAGUUCACGAAGACCGUGGCCCUGCUGCUGCUGCAGCUGAGCGCCGCCCUGGAGCGCCUGGAAGCACUGGGUGUGGCCCUGGCCGAGCUGCGGCUGGAGAACCUCCUGCUGGUGGCGCCUCGGGGCUGCACGGCCACCGGGCCCCCGCGCCUGCUUCUUGCGGACUUCAGACGCAUUCACCCGCGGCCUCCCGGCACCCCUGGCAUCCACGCACGGCAGCUGGGCCGCCUGCUCCGAGAGCUGCUUGCCCCGGGAGUGCCCUUGGCCACACCCGUGGCCACAGGCCUGGAGCGUCUGGCGGCCCAGCUGACCCGCGUGCGGCCCUCAGCGGCCCGGACACGUGGUGCACUGCAGGCACUGCUCUGGGGGCCUGGACCCGAGCUGCGCAGCCACGGAGCCCCUCUGGGGUCCUGGCUGCGGGUGCGCCGAACCAUGCUGGUCCUGCACCUGGCCGAGCGGGCCGUGGGUGGGGAGGUGCCUGGUCUGGAGGACUGGCUCUGCUGUGAAUACCUGACGGAGGCCACAGCGGCCUCAGUGGACCUCGCCCUCAGUCUGCUGUGGGACUGA